AUGAAUAGAUUUACGCCAUACAGCCAUCAGCAAAGACGACAACAGAUUAACGUUUGGGAUAAGCUGAAACAAUACGGUGGAGUAUUUUUGGACAUGACAAAACCGGAACAACAAUAUAAGGCCGCUCGAGCGCUUUGCAGUUUUCUAAGCACUACUAAUGCUCCCAGCACUAAAGAGUUGAGCACAAGUGGUGUCAUAUCAACGAUGGUACAGUGUUUAACAAGAACAAGAUGUGCGGUAUUACAAUUACAGCUUUUAAGUGCCUUGUAUGUAAUUUCUACGUUGACGGAAGAACACAGAUUAUUGAUCCGACAGGCCAGACUGGUACCACAACUGGUGGCUAUGUUAAAUCUUAAAGAAUGUAAAGUUUGUGAAAUGGUAGCGAGGUUAUUGUACAGUCUAGUCAAAGAUAACUCUUCUGAAUGUGAUGCAAUAUGUACUCUUGGAGGUACCGCACCGUUGCUGGCUAUGAUGGCUAGCCCUGCGAUUACAUUGCGAAAAGCAGCGCUCAAUGUCAUACAAAAAUUAUCACUUGGUUCGCAGUAUCGUGUAAAUAUGCUUUUCGCGCAAAAUAUAAUAUCACUUAUGAAACCGCUGCUGGCACAAGUGGAUGGUGAUACCGAUGUGCUCAUUCAAACACUUAUCCUUUUGUGUUAUAUCAUACAAGAAGGAAAUCAUGGACAUAAGCGCGAAAUCUUGGAAGCAGACAUUUUGCCUUUGCUAAUCGGUGUUUUGCGUAGUGAUUGUCCGAACGUAAGGAGGGUGGCCGCUGAUACCAUUUACGAAUUCCUUGUCGAAGCCGAUCCGAAACUGGACUCUUCAAGGAAGAGCAUUCAGAAAAUUUUGUCAAUUCUCUGUGAUUAUGUACGCAUGGAAGAAUUGUGGGUUCUUCAAAUCAUAUACGACAUACUUGUAUUUCUUAAGGGAUCUGCCAUCGAAUUGAUUUAUACUUUCAAUGAUAGCGACUCCUUAAGAAAAAUCGAAGAAAUGACAACUAAUUCAAACCCGCAACUCUCUUUGCUAGCAGCAGAUAUUGCUGGAUUUUGUCAUUCGAAUCAAAUUAUAAGCUUUUAA